AUGGACGCAAAACCACAGCGACCAGUUCGCACCCUUCGCGGCCGGGUUGAUGAGAACGCGAUAGCUUUCAACCGCGCUGGAAAGACCAUUCAUCACCGCAACAAGUCUACGCCUGCAUUGUCAGCUCUAGCUAACAGUACCGCCAACAAGGAGCCCGUGAGACGUGCCGCUUUUGGAGAUGUCAGCAAUACCGUGAAUUCCCUUCGAUCAGCCAAGGAUGACUCCUCCCUUCCCUCCAAGGAUAGCAUCAAGAUCACUGAGAAGCCUCUUUGUCUUGCUCGCCCAGCUCAGCGGCCUAUUCACUCUAUUGGCGCCAAACCAACCGUGAAUAGCGUCAUUAACUCGGACGCCGGUACAAAGCCAGCCUCCGAAAAGUCACAGGCUAAAAAGGUUCAGACCAAACGUGCAAAUGCUGUCUUUAAAGAUCCAAUCCUUCAGCCGGUCGUCGAGGAGCCUGUAGCACCCAAGCAGCAACCUUCGCAACAACAGCAGGAAGACAAAGCACCGAAUGCACUCGAUUCAGUGAAUGAGACAUUGCCAAAGACUGCUGACUCAUCCAAAGAGAUUGAGAAAGCUCCCAAGGACGCGACAGAUGCUCCAAAGGCUGUCAGUACCGAGUCUGUUCCUGCUCAGGCCUCCAAGAUGACUACUACGACAAGCGUUACCAUUGAAGAAUCCGCGACUAAAGAAGCCGUGGUCAAGCCGGCCGUUGAAACUAGACCUCCCGUGUCCAAGCAGGACACAAAUGACGCCAACGAGGCGGCAAAGCCAAAGGGCACCAGGGUAUCUAACGAGAGUGUCAAAGCUCCAAGACCGUUGGCCAAACGGUCAAGUGAUGCCACCGCCUCGUUACGUAAAUACGACCAUUCACUGGCGCAUUCUGAACCAGAGGAGUACUGGGAAGAGGACGAGGAAGACAACUAUGAUGAAGAUGGCUAUGCGACUGCCCGGUCAUGCCGCUCCCGUGAUAAUACCACUUGCGGCGCAACCACGGUGCUGUUCCCCAAGAUGAGCCAGCAAGCCCGUCGCGAGCUCGCUCUUGCAAGCCAGAUUAUGGAAGCAUCCACCUCCCUCGAAGAGUAUGAAGAAGAAUGGCGGGAUACUACCAUGGUAUCCGAAUAUGGAGAAGAAAUCUUUCAGUACCUAAGGGAGCUCGAGAUAAAACUCUUGCCCAAUGCCCAUUACAUGGACAACCAAGCAGAGAUCCAGUGGUCCAUGCGUUCCGUCUUGAUGGACUGGCUGGUCCAGGUCCACCAUCGCUUCUCUCUCCUGCCCGAGACCCUCUUUCUCUGCGUCAACUACAUCGACCGCUUUUUGUCCUGCAAAAUUGUCUCUCUUGGCAAGCUCCAACUUGUCGGCGCUACUGCCAUUUUCAUUGCUGCCAAGUACGAAGAGAUUAACUGUCCUUCCGUCCAGGAGAUUGUCUACAUGGUGGAGAAUGGAUACACGGUCGAGGAGAUACUCAAGGCCGAACGGUUCAUGUUAAGUAUGCUUCAGUUUGAACUUGGAUGGCCUGGCCCAAUGAGUUUCCUUCGUCGAAUCAGCAAGGCCGAUGAUUACGACCUGGAAACACGCACGCUCGCAAAAUACUUCCUGGAACUCACAAUAAUGGACGAGCGAUUCGUUGGUACACCACCCAGUUUUACUGCUGCUGGAGCUCAUUGCCUAGCCAGGUUGAUGCUGAGAAAAGGGGAAUGGACUCCUGCUCAUGUCUACUAUUCGGGCUACACAUUCGGCCAGCUCUACCAGCUGAUUGGUCUUAUUCUUGAAUGCUGCGAAUUUCCACAGCAACACCACCUAGCCAUCUACGAGAAGUACGCCGACCGAAAAUUCAAACGCGCCUCAAUCUUCGUCGAGAACGAAAUGUUAAAUGGCUACCGCCUCCCUGAGGUCCAUGAAGGUUCUAGCCUUUGGUCCAUGCUAGAUCGCCGGGCUAGCUCCAAGCGGUUGUGA